AUGCCAGAUAUUGAUCCACUAGCUUUUUCAUCUUCUCUGAACCAGGAUGGGAUCAAGCAAGAAACAAAAACAGAAGAUGUGAUACUUCCCUUCCCACAAGCAUCCAGCAUAGCAUUAAACAGACCACUCCGAUUAUCAUCACGCUAUAUAGGAGGCAUUGAGCUCAUAGAUGAAGACCUUGAUUGCCUGCAAAAUCAACACCAGAAGAUUAAUAGAACAGUCAUGAAUGCAUAUGCCAAUCUGUUCACUGGUCCCCCACUUGAUACAUGGAAAAACUUCAUGUGGAACAACUCUAGAAAACAUUAUUUCUGUGGUCAAUGUUGGGCUUUUCCUCUAUGUGAAGGCAGUCCCUCUCACUGGGUCCUGGGUUGGGUGGACUGGUCAGCUCAUGAAAUAGGUUUCUUUGAUAGCUUGGAAAUCCAUCCUACUUGGGCUCAAAAAAAUUUGCAGCAUGCUGCUGCUGGCCUAGAGCAUUGGCUGAAAUAUGAAACAUAUCCAGAGAUCAAAUCACUUAAACACAGAUUCAAAGACUGGAAGAUUGUUCAUCAUACUUCACCAGAUGAUCAAAAACAAAAAGAUAGCUGGUCUUGUGGUCUAUUUAUCAUGAUGGCCAUGGAUGGACUCUCAAAUCUGAAUUUCUCACAUGUACACCGAUACAACUUGGAAAUCACAAAAGCAUCUGCAUUAAAGACUAUCAUGAAAGUCAGGAGCUUUAGCCCAGUCAUGCAGCAGCGCCGUUUUAGAAAACAAUGUGUUCCACCUUCAUCAGUUGAUCAUGCUCAAUCUUCUUCAUCUAUUAUUAAUAUCGCCCAAAACAAUUUUGUCUCAAAAACUUCUGGAGGUAAAGAGGUUCAGAAGGAACCCAUCAAGUCAUUAUUAGUGUUCCAGACUAUGAUGCACCAUCUAAAGAGAGCACCUAUCAAAAACCUACUUUAUCAGGCUAUUCACUCUUUGGACCGCCGUGGCAAUAUUUUGAGGGUCUACACUCAAAAUAUUGAUGCCAUGGAAAAAACCACUGGACUGCUGUCCUUUGGAGUUCCCAACUCAUUUCAGAUAGGGACACCUGAUUGUCCAAGAUGCAUCCCAUUGCUAGGACAUCUGGACCAAAUGUCUUGCACUUCUUGUGACAAUGUGACACCAUCAGCCAUAUUUUUGGAUCAGUCUCUCUCAGAUGAACUUCCUAUAUGCACUGACUGUCCAACAUUCACCCAUAGUUUUGGACAUCAUGACAUUAGAUAUCCAAAUAUUGUGGUUUGUUCAGAGGAGCAGCCAAAUUUGAAUUCAGUUCUAGCUCAUGAUGAGAAUCUUGUGGAUGUAGUGUUAGCUGUGGGUGUUCAUCCUAUUCCUCACUCCAACCUUCCUGGUAUCACAAAACAAAUCACCCAAGCUGCACAUUCCAGAGCUCAGGAAGGAAUUCCUACAUCUAUCCUGCUGAAUCUGGAUACAUCUGCUUUGGAGAGAACUGGAAUUCAAGAUCUCUUCCAAGUAUCCUUGGCCCUAGACUUGCAAGAGUUUUUUGGAAGCAUUAUUCUUGCUGCCUAUCAAGAUGCCACCUAUAAUCCUGCCAGCAAUACUAUGCUGAUACCCAAGAGCCUGAUGCUUAAUGAGGAAGAAAAGGAAGAAGAAGGUGAUGGUGAUGGUGAUGAUGAGGAUGAUGAUGGUAAUAACCACAAAUUAUUGCUGACUCUGACACCUUGGUAUUUUCCUGAUUUUUAG